AUGGCCCGAGCAGGCUCGGCCUGUCGCCCGCGCUUCGGAGCGGGAUCGGCCUCCAGAUCGACUAUGAAUGGCCUUUUGCCGGCACCUUUGGAGGAGGUACCCUCGGUAGGCGCACCUCAAUCGGGACACGGACCGGCCGCCGUUGCUCCGGCAUGCGCUGAUUCAGCGUUCAUCUGCCGACGGCGCUCGUUAAGGGUUAAGUCCUCGGGGUCGACUCCUCCCGAAGACGCUAGUACCGUUUCCAGCUGCCGCCCCUUUUUCUUCUUCCCCUGUAUGCCGAGCAUCAGGCGCCGCUUGGAGGACUCGUUCAUCCUCUUCGCUUCGGCAACCUUCCUCUCUUCUGUCACUGUAAAACCCAGACCGGUCAGAUUCACGUUAUGA